GUUUCACAACACAUGUUUCAAGAUGGCAGCGCUCAUCAUUCGACCUUUCCUGGAGACCUCGAAAAUGUCAACAAAAUCCCCCUUUUUGCUAAAAUGUGCAAAGCAAAUUGUUGCAUCUCAGGGAAGGUACUUUUCAAUCUCUACUAGACUACUUGCAGCCCCUCCGGCAGCAGGGAAGAAGUCGUUUUCGCGUGAGAAGCCGCAUUUGAACAUCGGUACGAUAGGUCAUGUGGACCAUGGGAAAACAACUUUAACUGCUGCAAUCACAAAGGUGCUUUCGGGACAGGACAAAGCGUCGUUCAAGGAAUACGCUGAUAUUGAUAAUGCCCCUGAGGAGAGAAAAAGAGGCAUCACCAUCAAUGCUGCUACAGUGGAGUACGAGACAGAGACAAGGCAUUAUGGGCAUGUUGACUGUCCAGGCCAUGCAGAUUACAUCAAAAACAUGAUUACGGGAACUACUCAAAUGGAUGGUGCUAUAUUAGUAGUAGCUGCCACUGAUGGUACCAUGCCCCAGACAAGAGAACAUCUUUUGCUGUCCAAGCAGAUUGGUUUGAAAAGACUUGUGGUUUUUGUUAACAAAGCAGAUGCUGCUGAUACAGAAAUGCAAGAGUUAGUGGAAAUGGAAGUCAGGGAGCUUUUGACAGAGUUCGGCUUCGAUGGAGAUGAAACGCCUAUCAUAAUAGGAUCGGCACUGAAGGCUCUUGAAGAGACUGACCCAGAGAUUGGUGAACAGAAAGUGAAAGAAUUGUUGGAUGCAGUUGACAAUUACAUUGAAUCUCCUGUGAGAGACCUGGACAAACCUUUUUUCAUGCCCAUUGACAGUUGCUUCAGCAUACCUGGCAGAGGCACAGUCAUCUCUGGCAAAGUUGAAAGAGGUGUAGUUAAGAAAGGGGAUGAGUGUGAAAUCAUGGGCUAUGACAGGAAAUGGAAAACAAAUGUGACUGGCAUUGAGAUGUUCAAGAAAAGUCUGGAUAGAGGAGAGGCAGGCGAUCAGCUCGGAGCCUUAAUUCGUGGCGUGAAAAGAGACGAAAUGCGUCGUGGCCUAUGCAUGGGCAAACCUGGAACAAUGAAGAUGCACAAUCGGUUCGAGGCACAGAUAUAUCUCCUCUCAAAGGAUGAGGGAGGCCGGAACAAACCUGUGACCCCUUUCUCCCAGGUCAUCACGUUCUGCAACACGUGGAACCAGCCUGCGCUGCUGGAGAUCCCGGACAAAGAUCUGUUGAUGCCCGGGGAGGACGGCAAGCUUGUGUUCAACAUGUUCAAGAAGAUGGUCAUGGAGAAGAACCAGCGGUUCACCGUGCGAGACGGUCACACGACCUUAGGGUACGGAGUCAUCAGCGAGAUCUUGCCCGACAGAGACCCCGACGAGCUUGAGAACACAAGGAAAGAGAUCAAGAAACAGAAGAGGGCGUCGGACGACCAGCAGUACUGAUUCCUUUGUCUAGGGAGGGGUUGGAUGGUUCGGAGAGACUGUGUGAAUCUUGUCACUGUGGAUACAAGGAAUUAAGACUGAAGUGUGAUAUAUGGUUAUGUUUUAGUACCGGCUUAUGAAAGUGGUUUAUUGUUUGUUUGUUACGUGAUAUUUGUGGAGAGACUGGUGUUUCAAGAAACUUGGAAUGUGAGUGAAGAGUAAUUUAUCAUGUUGUGUUCCAGUUGCUGCCAUGAGAAGUUUUGAUCUUCUGGGGUAAUAUUUCUACUUUUGUUUUUAGUUUCCAUGCUUUUAGCAACGCUGUUUUGCAGUGAUUUAGUAUCUACAACAUUGUUUGGCUUAAUUGAGUGCUGACGUCCUCAAAUUUAAAAUGGCAUAUUGCAUAUGAGAGUAAUCUCAAGUGUGAGUUGCCCAGUACCAGCAGCAAAGUGUGGAGUGUCAACUUGGCCAACGUUCUUGUUUCUUAAUUUUUUUUUUUUGUUGUAUGUGGAAUUUGAUAUUUUACUCUCUGUGAUGGAUAAAUAGAUAUCCUUUAGAAUAUGUGGCAAGGCUGUCUUCUACUCAAUUGCUUAAAAGUAGUAAAAAAAAUUACUUAUAGAUCUAGUACAGUGUAUGUUACUGAGUAGAGAACCGUCAUGGUCACUUUUCCAAGACUAUUUCCUCUUUAAAUUUUAUUACUCGUCACAAGCAAUGGUUUGUAGUUUCGAUCUCAGUCUGCCUAUUUUGGAUUGAGUUGCUUAUUACUGAGUACAGUACAAGUCUGCUUUCCCACUGUUUAUGACGCUUAGUCUGUUAUUCCACCGAUUUACUGCUCCUAGUGCUAGUUCCUGUGCGGUAUCACUAAUUUGCCGCCCAAAUUUUCAUAACAACUUGUGUGACGUGAGACCCCUGUCCACUGGUGUAAAUUGUUGUAGUGGACAAGAAUUAAAAACACCAGAAGCUUGAAGGUUCUUGUCUGAUAGUUGAGUUGUAAUGGUAAUUGGUGAUAUAAUAUGACUUGAUUUAAAGGACUUAGGUGAUAUAUCAUCAGUUUGGCUUGUUUGACAAUCACACACUGUAAAAAGUGAACUGGGACGUAGACAGUUUUGUCUUUAUUGGUUUUUAUUUUGCCUUCACUCGCUGAAAGAUGAAUCUGUGAUGCAGUGAGAUUGUUUUCUGCAAGCUCACGUAGCUUGUAUAGAAAAGUUUUUGAGCAUUCAUUCAUGAUCAUGGUGGAUUUAGAGCGGUAUUUUUUUUAACAUGAUGAAAAAAAAUAUUUUCUUUCCAUUUCCUGCAGUGGAAACCACAUACCAUUUUAUUGUUCGAAAGACUUUUUGAUUCUACUCUAUUUCAAUUAUGCGUUAGUUAUUGAAUAUUUGGUGCUAACUCGACUAACUGGAUGGAAACUUUUUUUUUUUCAAUUUUUAGAAAAUGCUCUCGUUUUGUCUCAAUAAAUCGUAUUCCUUGGGGGCUGAAUAAUUCAGGAUCCUCAAAGAAACCUUACAUUUCAUUACAAAAUGAAUAAUUAGAGAGAAUAUGCAUCAAAUACCGUUCAUGUUGUGCCAAUGUUGCGGAUAGACCAGUAGCUCCUUUUGCCCGAGUAGCUUGAGAAGAUGUGAGCUGUACAGAUACAGAUGUGUGUGUGUGUGUGUGUGUGGAGGAAAGUGUACAUUUUCUCUUCCUGAAGAAACUGUUAGUUGUAGCCUACACUUUUGCCCUGCUCAGUGCAACACCCAUCAACCAUUACGAGAAAGUGAAAGACACUGAAUGUGACUUGCCCACUAUGGCAUGGCUAUUUCAUUUUCAAUGCCAUAUGUAGGCUACAUGCCUUUUGGGGGAUUUUUUCGACACAGGCUCAUAGAAAUACAUUUGAUGACAGUCAACACUUCUACUUCUGCUCUGUCCAAAAAGGUCUUCUCUAUUGCUAUCUUUGGAAAAUUGAUGUACAUGUACUAGCGCAGGGAAAAGAAUUAUGUAGCCUAGCAGUAACCUUUCUAUGUUCGACUUUGAGAAGUUCAUCGAACCUGUCCUGCAAAAUGUUUUGUCUUUCAGGUUUUGUAUAGCCUCAGACUCAAACUUCAUCAUCCUUCAUCUAAUCAAGCACUUGUGUACUGUGUGUGAAUGGCUGACUUAAGUUAUCGAGGAAAUGUGUUCAUUGUCUGGUUUUCAGUUUCUGAAAGUUCUUGGAACAUCAAAUAAAUCUGUUCUUUUUUAGCAUAAACAA